UUCAGGGGGUCCGCAUUUCUCAUUCAGUGAAAGUGAAACCGAAUUGUCGACUCAAUAGUAGUCUUUGGUCACUUCACUUCUUUCACCCGUCGAAUCGACACUUCGCUCUGCCCUCGAGGCACUUGUUAGGAAGUUGCCGACUUUCCACAUCGGCUCGACCAUUUCCAGUGUCUCCAUACCCUCACUAUGGAGGCUCAACCAUACAACUUUCCCGCUCGCUCCCACCGAUCACGCGGUUCCGACGCAACAUUCGACCAAAUGGACGCACGAUCUAGCCGCGCUCCAUCCAUUUCUUCCGACCGACCAUCGGUCCUAAGCCCUCAUGGAUACUCCACCCUAAAAUUCGUCCACCCACCACCUGGCUACGUUGCCGUUGCUGCAGCCUCGCAAAUGGUGACGGAUACCAACAAUGCGAUCCUCCGGGAUCGAUUCGACCUGCGAGAUACGUCCCCAUCUCCAAUUGGCGAAACGGCACUCUUUUCCGAAGAUGCGCUGGCUUUGCUGAAUGCGUUCUUGGAUUAUAUUCUCUAUCGAGUCCUGGGUGCGGCAAGAGGGCCGGGAUUGGCCAGACUAAGGGGUGCGUUCGUCGAGGUCCUGAAACCCCGCUUGGCGAGAGACGCGAUGGCAAUCGCGGAGGAGGAAUUGAGGGAUUUGAUGUCCGAAGAGGAAGAGGAAGAUGAAGAGAGCGGAGGUCGGAGGGCCAUCGAUGAUAUGCUUGAUGAUGCAGAUAGAGAAGUCCCGGAGAGGUGGGACUUGGAUGGAACCUUCAAGAGAACGCGCCUACGAGUGAUGGUCUACACCCGGCUUGGAGAAAUGGAGGAUGAAGACGAAGAGCGAUAUUUGGACCUGGACAAUGCGGAUAUCCUCUCCGGUCUAGGACUCGUCUCUGGCGCGUCCGCCAUUUUCCUUACCUCCAUCAUCGAAUACCUCGCCGAACGAAUCCUCGCCAUCGCCGGCGCAGCAGCAUAUAAUCGAGUGCUCGGGAAGCGACGCGUUUCCACAGCUCGUUCUCCCGCCGUGGCCGAAUCAGCCGCUCCACAACCGCAGCCGGAAAUGAGACCACCCCGCAUCGUCGUCGAGGAUCGUGACCUUGAAAAGGUUGCCCUCAACUCCACGCUCGGCCGCCUCUACCGCACCUGGCGUCAACGCACCCGCCAAGAUAGCAGUGUUCACUCGUCCAUCCAUUCUCCGCUUCACCAUUCGGCUACGUACGCGCAUUUGACGCUUCCGAUGAGUCCCGCGUCAUCGACGGCCGAGGCCGUCGACGGUGGAAGCCUUGCGCGACAAGACUCAAAUGUCUCCGAGCACGUGAACGAAAACUUGCCCGAACAUGAGCCGUCGGAGACGGAGAUCGCAGCGAAUAUUCCGCUGCCAGAGGGCGAAGAUGAUGUGCGAGAGAUCGAGAUUCCCGGCCUCGCGAAAGAGAUCACAGACGAUGAGGACGCGAAGGAAGACGAGAGAAGUGAUGCGCCAACUCCGAUUUCGAGGCCCACGAGGCCGCAUAGCUUUUUCUUGCCGAUGGCAAGGUUGCUCGGGUUGGACGACGAUAUGGAUCGCCCGGAAGUGCAAAGGCAGAGGUCGAGUUCCGUUCCGGCGCUGGAAAGAAGAUCGUUGUUUGAAGAGACAGAUGACGGAAGGGAGGAGUUCAUGACGCCAACGGAGGAAUUGUUCAGAGGUGAUAAUGUGGAUGGACAAGAAGGGGCCGCGAAAGUUGUGGCUAAGACAGAAGAGGAUGAUGAUGGGUCAACCGAUGAAGAAGCUGAAGACGCUUACCGCAUUACCUCUGACGACGAGGCCGAACCGGUGGUUAUGAACAUCAAGCGCGUCUCUAUAGGCGUUCCGCCGUCGCCUCCCGCGGUCGUCGACACUCCCAGGCAUUCCGGCAGCAUUCGCUCGAAGAAAUCUCGCGAUACUAGCACUCCCGACAUCUCGGAAUUCCCCGACGAAGUUGCCGAAGAUAUCGCCUAUCCAGGGCCGCCGGCACCAGCUUCGGCAGGACUGGGCAGCACUAGAACAUCGGAGGAGUCCCCGCUCGGUCAUGCGCGACCCCAGGGUCUUGCUAUUGAUAGCACCCCAACGCUUCCCCUGGACGAUCCCGAAGCCAUCGGCGUUGCGAGGACCACGGAUAUCCCGACUCCCGCUUCCGCAUCACCUAAGGCGGAACAGGGCUUCAGCAAGACGAAACAAAAGGCAGAUUCGAUUGCCGACCGCGCACGAAUGAGGGCGUCGGUAUCACCGCCGAUCCCUCGCAGCGUGCCAAGCCCGAACGAAAACUCCGCAACAACUGCCGCCCCAUUGGCCACUGCAGAAGAAAAUUCUGUAAUUGCAACAGCGAGUCGAAACACAGACUCUCCCGAAUUUCCUGCGAGAAGUGCAGCGUCCGCCGCGGGGUCGCGUUUCACAGGCCCUGAUGCGGCAGAAAAUGCGAUUCCGUCUGAGGGCGGCAGGGGCGCCCGGACCGAUUCGCCAAGCGAUCGUCCGCUUCAUGCGCCACCCCAGCCAGGACCCCGAUCGCAACGUGCAAUAUCAUCGGGCAGCGGAAGCAGUGGCACGACGGGAACGACCUUGCGAAUUGUUACGCCCCUGCAUGUCGUCGGCGGAGAACAAAAACCCGCAGUGCCCAGCCGCUCGAGCGAUCGGGCCUCCCAGAAUCCAUCACAUUCGCAACAGGCUCCGACUGCUCUGGUUAGCAGUAGAGACGGGACGACGGCGACAAGAAGCGCUAGCCAAGCUCUUCGAGACAUGCCAUCGACCCCGACCGGACAGACUAGGAACUCACCGCCGAAUAUGGGUCCUGCUACCGCGUGGGCUCCCACGUCGGCUCCUAGCCCAAGGAACUUCCGAGAAUCUCCCCGUCGCUCCGCUGAUACCGCUCCUAGCGGACGAGGUAGCAGCGCGAGUGCCGGGUCCACUCGUCCUCGAGCUCCCUCGAUCCAGACUGCCAUCAAUGAGUCCCCGCAGCACCGACCGGCAUCGUCGACCCCCUCGGGCCGUCGGUCCGGGUCAAUCCACACGACGACGACGCCUACGCUGCACAAGACAAACGGCUCGGAUACGAGCUUCGGACUCCUGAAGGGCAGUCUGGAUCCGAGACAGAGCACAGAGGCGAGGGCUAGGGAUUUCGAUGCCUUGGUUGCGGGUGAGGACACCGUCAAGUUCAAGCUGGUGUCGCCGGCGAUGCAGGACAUUGAAAGUUUGCCUCCACGCGGACCGACGAAUGCUCCUGCUGCUGUCCCUCCUCGCCCUUCGUCAAAGGCUUCUGUUGGCAAGGCUCCCGUGUCGUCUCCGUCUCCGGAUCCUUCUUCUACUAGUUCUUCAAAGUCGAGGGGACCGGUUCCCGUCUCGCGUCCUGCACCUCCGAGCAGCUCCAGCUCCACCAAAGCCGGCCUCCUCGCCCGCGAGCCGCGCAUCCAGUCCGAGUCGAUGCGCGACUUCGCUGAUUUCAUCCGCAGCACGGGGCCGUACGGCGAGCAGAUCGUUCAACCGCUGGUCGAUCCGUCGGCACUCCCGCGGCACAGCAUGAAGGCAGCUAGGUCACCCCAACCCAGCACAUUCAGUGCCAAUAGGAGCACCUUCGGUAGCACUUCCGCCUCCAACAGCAGCCUGGGUCUCUCACGCAGCCAAUCUGACGCAACAGCAACCAGUGUCCCGACGCGACGCAAGCCCCACCUGGAGGCCCGAUCCGCUGCGGUCGCAUCCAACGAUGGCAGCUCCGAUCUCAUCGACUUCAUACGCCAAGGCCCGCCCGCCGCCAAUGGCGAAGGCCGCCACCGCAUUCCCCGAGCGGUCGCGCCGUUCCGAACGACGAUGGACAGUGAUGAUCUAGGCCAGCUGGAGGCCACCGGUGGAUUCGCCUCCCCGCACACUUCCAUGGCCAGCACCGUGAACUCCCGCUUCUCCGCCGCGCCGUCCCACGGCUCCGCGGCCCCGCUGUUGCCAUCUGCUCGCUCCUCCUUGCAAUCUCGCGGGAAUCCACCCUACAAAUCCUCUCUCGCUAGCUCCCCCGCGCAAUCCGCACCCUCCCCGAAAGCCACCCUCGCGCCCCCCGGCGGCUCCGGCUUCCCCCCGCGCACCCGCCGCCGCAUCAAAGACCCUUACGCCAUCGACUUCUCUGACGAAGAAGAGGAUGACGACGACGGUGAGCUGCUCAUCAACCCUUCGUCGAAGCGCCCGCCGCCGCGCAAGGAAGAGAGCCUCGCCGACUUCCUCCGCAGCGCCGAGCCGCCGGCGGGGAACGCGCCGAGCGCGCUAUCCCCACGGGCCGGCGUGCCUUCGAGUCGUGGCGCGGGACAAGGUGGGGUGAUUCCCGGGCCGUCGCGCGAGGAGGGCGGACGCAUGAUCGGGAUGAUGGGGAGGAGUAAGGUGGCGGCGAAGGACGCGAGGGCGGGUCGGCAGUCGUCGACGAAUGAGUUGGCGGACUUCCUGCGCAAUUCGGGGCCGCCGGUAGAGCGGAAGGGGGAUGGUGGUGCGGCGGCGAAGGUGGAGAAAAAGGAUAGGGAGAAGACGAGCUUUUGGAAGAGGGGGAAGCUGAGGGGGUGAGGUGGUUGGUAGAUGUGAGAGGAGGGUGGUUGUGAAUGGGGUUGAGUGAGCAUGACGGAUGGAGGAGAAAUUGGGAGGCGAAGAGUUACAGGACGGCAGCGUAAUGUACAGGAAGAUCUGUGGAAGCUGGAUGGAAAUGGAUGAUCCAUGAACUGUAUGAAGAACGACGGAAACGAAGGAUCGCGCAUUCGUGCGUUUCAUUUGUACAUCGAUAUUUAUAUACCCCCCGCUGAGCUGAUUGUCUGUCGUCGGAUGGACGCAAUUCUCAAUGGCUGUAUAAUUGCUUCAAUUAGUAUAAUGUCUAUCCUACUGAUUCGGAUUCCUUCCGCUCAUUCUAUUGCGUGCUGUGGACUUGGUGAUUAGUCUGCAUUUAUAAUACGGUUUGCUUCUAGGUGUCUAUGCUCCUAGAGACCCUGAUCCGUUUGGUUAAGAGACAUUCUGUCUGAAGGAACAACGAUACUCUUGUUCGCAGUGCAUUGCGCUUUCAUUU